AUGCCAAUUUUUGUUCAGUACCGGUAUCAACCCCUAUCCGGGGAGGAUGCGAUUCGGCUCAUCGUUUUGAACCCAUCGCAAGACAAGGAAGCUCCACUGAGUUGCUCCAUCAUUCAGCAUCGGCGCUCGACAACACAAACUGUCACAUACUCUGCUGUGUCAUACGCAUGGGGUCUCCCAGAAUUCACGAAGAAGCUGGAAGUAGAAUGCGACGGUGACGUUUCUUACUUGAGCAUCACCCCUACUGUCGAUACUUUGCUCCGGUAUCUUCGGUCGCCCAACCGAACCCACCGUUUGUGGAUCGACGCUUUAUGCCUCAACCAGGCGGACGAGAUGGAAAGAGCUCAACAAAUCCCCAUGAUGGGACGCAUCUAUGAAGAGGCUGAAAGAGUCCAUAUCUGGUUAGGUCCUGCGAACCGCAUGACAGCGAAGCUUUUCGGGUUUUUCCGAGAAGCUAGUUCGUUCCCAGAAGUCGAGAAGAGGGAAAUGGCGAUACGCGUUGUGUUCUCACUCAGCAAGCACUGUGGCAGCGAUGGCUUCUGUGGACAGCAGUCACUAUUUCAAUUCUCUGAACGCGCGUGGUUCUGUCGCCGUUGGGUCAUUCAGGAGGCUUGUCUUGCUCGUCAGGCCAUUCUUCACUGCGGUCGCCAUGGUCUACCUCUUCCAACUCUUGUCAAGGCUGCGGCUCGGUACCAAACUCUGGAUGUUUCGUCUUACCCGAUAAAAGUGAUGGCGAACUUGAGCAGGCCGACGGCCGGUCUCAACAUGUUGAAGCUUCUGUGA